AUGCCACAGUCCAAAGAGAUCUUCUUGGCUGAUACAAAAUCUGGAACACAGGGUUCCAAGCAAACAGACUUCCAGCUAGUGCGGGUCAAAAAUACUUGGUGCCGAAUCAAGAAAGAUGAAACCAUUCAUGAUGCUGAGAAUGAGAUCGUGGUCUCCCAGGCUAAAAUAUCUGAAACUGUCUCAGAUGGAGAGGUAUCCUGGACAGUGGAAGCACCUAUCUACCUUUGCUAUAAGGUGGUGGAAACACGCGGUCUCCUGGAUCCCUCCAACAAGACAUUGCUGUACGGGCACAUCAGAGAUCCAAAGGAACUGGAGAGAGCCCUUCACAACAAAGAGGCCCAGAGGCGUUUCAUUGUAAUCGAUAAGACAGUCGAUGACUUGUAUGGCACCGCAGUCAGAGAAUAUUUUGAAGCAAACUUGGUUCAGUGUAAAAUCCUUUCCCUGACCACCACAGAAGAGACCAAAUCCAUGGAUUUGGUGCUUGAUAUCUUGCAGGAAGUGCAAAUCUUUGGCAUCGACAGGCGCGCUGAGCCUAUUAUAGCAAUUGGAGGAGGGGCUUGCCUGGAUAUUGUGGGGCUGGCAGCAUCGCUUUACAGGAGGCGCACCCCUUACAUUCGGGUCCCCACCACCCUCCUGUCCUACGUGGAUGCCAGCGUUGGAGCAAAGAACGGCGUCAAUUUCCUUCAGUGCAAAAACAAGCUCGGGAGCUAUGUACCUCCUGUUGCCACUUUCCUUGACAGAGCCUUCCUCAAAACAGUCCCCCGCCAGCACAUCUCCAAUGGACUUGGGGAAAUUUUAAAGAUGGCACUAAUGAAACACAAGGGCCUGUUUGACUUGCUGAAAAGUCAUGGGAAAUUCUUACUGGAUACCAAGUUCCAGUCACACAGCGGCUUAGCUGACCAUGGUGACGCUGCACUGAAGACGACCAGAAUUGCCAUAGAAACCAUGCUGGAAGAGCUUGCCCCCAAUCUGUGGGAAGAUGAUCUGAACAGGCUGGUUGAUUUUGGCCACCUUAUAAGCCCAGAACUGGAAAUGAGAGUUUUACCAACGCUGAUGCAUGGAGAAGCUGUGAAUAUUGAUAUGGCUUUCAUGACUUAUCUGUCCCACGUGAAGGGAUUUUUGAGUGAUAGUGAGAAGACUCACAUCAUUCAGUGCAUGGUCGCUUUGGAGCUCCCGGUGUGGCACAAGAAAUGCACAUGGCAUCUUAUCAAAAAGGCCUUGACGGAAAGAUUGAAGCACAGUGCUGGGCACAUGAGAAUGCCUCUUCCAACUGGACUAGGAACAGCAGAUAUAUUCAACGACAUCAGCGAGGAAACCCUGGAGAGGGCUUACAUUCUCUGGACCAGUGAAUGCAAAAACACCUCUGCAGAAGCAUGAAUACAAUGGAAGCAGAUGAAAACAAUAAAUCACCAAUAGAGCAACAGGCAAAUUGGGAAUUCAGAUAAACAGCCAAUGGGCACUUUUGAAGGACCGUUUGGCAAAAUCCCAAUACCUGUCUACAUGAAGUAUGGCAAACAACAUGAAUCCAGGAUGAAAUACCACCAGCCACUCCUUCUUCCUCCUUCUCCAAGAUGGCUCUUGGGACUAAUCCUUAUACUAUCUCUGUAGUAUGGUUGGUUGUAGUCCCCAUCUGAUCAGGUUAAAUGGGGAGACUUCCUGAGAGAAGCAAUGCCCAUACAGUGGUACCUUGGGUUACAAACGCUUCGGGUUACAAACUCCGCUAACCCAGAAGUAGUACCUUGGGUUGAGAACUUUGCCCCAGGAUGAGAACAGAAAUCGCACAGCAGCAGCGGGAGGCCCCAUUAGCGAAAGCAUGCCUCAGGUUAAGAACAGUUUUGUGUUAAGAACGGACCUCUGGAACGAAUUAAGUUCGUAACCUGAGGUACCACUGUAGCAUGGAAAGAACCAUGUCAUCUA